CAGGCACUUAAAGGGAGGGGUUCCCAUGCAUUGUUCUUCUUGGAAUUGUUGUUCUUUCUUCCAUCUAAAUCAUUACUCACUAUUGCCAAUUUGACUCCUCUUUAUUCUUGUAUUCACCGCCGACUCUUGUACCUUUGUGGAUCGAGGGGAUUGCCGCUUGUCUCCACUUCUAUCCGAUCUUAUCGUUAUCGCCUUAUCGCCUUAUCCGGCCUUUCUUUGUCUCUCGUCAUCUUCUCCAUCCCCUCAUCUGUAUCCUCACUUCGGUUCUCUAGCCAGACAAUUGUGACCAUGACACUGCCUUCGACGAUUACUCAAAACUUCCUGUCCAAGCCCAACCAGCUGGGCGUGGUGGCGGUUGGCUUUAAUGGAGGGCAGUGCAAAACAGGCGUCGAGGCCGCCCCGAUGGCCCUCAUCCAAGCCGGCCUCCUAGACCAACUCCGCGACGACCUCGGCUACGAUCUGCACUACGACGGCGCAGUCCACAACUACGAGGACAAGAUGCCGUCCACGGACCCCGACCACCGCGGGAUGAAGAAACCCCGCGCGGUCAGUGCGGUCAACGAGACCCUAAGCUCGCAGGUCUACGAGCACGCCCGUGAGGGCCGACUGGUCCUGACCCUGGGCGGCGACCACUCCAUCGCGAUUGGCUCCAUUUCGGGCUCGGCCAAGGCCACCCGCGAGCGUCUGGGUCGUGACAUCGCCAUCAUCUGGGUCGAUGCGCAUGCCGACAUCAACAUCCCUGAGAUGAGCCCUAGCGGGAAUAUUCACGGCAUGCCCAUGGCGUUUUUGACGCGGCUCGCGCGCGAGGAGCAGAAGGAUAUCUUUGGGUGGUUGCGGGAUGAACAUAUCGUCAGCACGCGCAAGGUCGUCUAUAUCGGUUUGCGCGAUGUCGACCGCGGAGAGAAGCAGAUUCUCCGAGAACAUGGUAUCAAGGCGUUUAGUAUGCAUGAUGUUGACCGAUAUGGCAUCGGACGCGUGGUCGAAAUGGCCCUGGCCCACGUCGGAAACGACACCCCCAUCCACCUGUCCUUCGACGUCGACGCGCUGGACCCGCAGUGGGCGCCCAGCACUGGGACUCCAGUCCGCGGGGGUUUGACGCUCCGCGAGGGAGACUUCAUCUGUGAGUGUGUACAUGGGACGGGCAAUCUGGUUUCCAUGGAUCUAGUCGAGGUCAAUCCCAGUUUGGAAGAGGUGGGGGCAACGGACACGAUCCGGACGGGGUGCUCGUUGGUGCGCAGUGCGUUGGGGGACACGUUGCUGUGAAGGUCCUGUACCGGAACGUGCCACGAUUUGGCAGUGAUGC